UUCACUGAGACGCUGUGUUUGUCCUUUCAGGGAUUCCGUAGCGGCUUAAUAGCGGUGUGCAAACAUGGCAGACAUUGAGCGAAGUUUAGGCGAUGGUUCGGGAUAUUAUGCGAUAAAUUUCCAGUUUUAGUUGGUUUUCUGUAAACGACAACGAUAAAUGACUUGCAUAUCUACUGGCGUAUUUCUUUUAGCUUGAUUUAAUCGAUGUUACUCUCGUCGUGAACAGAAGCUACACAUUCUUUAAACUUUCUGAUGCCGGUAAACGCGCUGCAAUCUGCUCGACGAAGUCAGACCGACAGCACAUGAAAACUCUUCACCUCUUAUAUUUACCCUCAUCUAAUAACUUUUGACGAGUUUAUCAUUUGCACAUCUAGUCCACGCCUUCGCUAUACCAUGACCUUGAGCAGUAACAGAUUACGUCACACGCGACGUUGAGUCUGCAAGUUUUUCUGCUGUUGAGCCAGUUUUAACUCUGCAACGAUGUGCAAGCUGCUCAAGUAUUGCUUCAGUCACUUCCUUUACGCUGCGAUGACCCGGCUGGACGAAGCCAACAAAGGGGUCAACAUGUGGUCAUCCAUCCGGUACCUCGGUUACCUGUCCAGCCUGAACUCCCUGGUGGCCAUUUGUCUGGGAAUUUACGUGCAAUGGGAGAAAAGCGCAGACACUAUCAUCUUGGUCAUUUUCAUUUUGGGCCUCUUCGUUCUUGGGAUUGCCUGCAUUCUCCACUAUUACUUCGGCAUGGAGAGCGUCAGCCUGUUUCUUCUGCAUCUGUGGUUUGGCUUCCUUCUGGGUUUGCUGUGCUUCGUCAGCGUCCCGUCCAAAGAGCUCGAUGUUAAGGAGCAGGUGGCCAACUAUAUGUUACUAGCGAGCAUUGUGAUACGAAUCCUAUGGGCUUUGGUUGGAAGAAUGUGCGGUUAUACCCGACAUCAACCCGCCUUCCUCACCUCAAGGGAAGCUUUGGAGCUCGCAGGCUUCGCUGUGGCCAGCACAACCCUGGUCAGCCAAAAAUCCAUAAGUCUUGUGGUCCUGUCCCUUGCUUUGGCUGCUGUAAUUGUGGAUUUGCGCAUGAAGUCCCUCUGCGCGAUCCCAAACCUGGUCUGCUUCUCGGUUGUCGCUGCGUUCUUCUUCCAGGAGUCUUUAGGAGUGUCCACCAACCCCUUCGCCUUGUCUUGCUUCUUCAUCCGUCUCGUCUGCGACCCGUUCCUGGACGUCUACUUCAGCGGACUUUCGGUCACUGAACGCUGGUCACCGCUGCUGCUGAGAAGAGGCCUGUGGAGGCGCUUAACGCUUCUUCCUCUGGUGGUCAUGGAGGGGAUGUUUUUGGUCGUGGCUGCUCUGAAGAUGAGAGAUCUGGAUCGGUGGUACCUGCUCAUCCCGGGUCUCUCAGGAUCUGCUGUUUUCUGGAUCAUCUGCCACCUGGUUUUUCUGGUCACGCUGUGGGGCUUUCACAGCAAGCUGAGUGACUGUCAGAGGAUGUGCGUGGUGCACACGUCAGAGGCUGGAGAGCUGGACAGGAUCAUGGCGUCUAAGGGGAUGCGGCACUUCUGUCUCAUAUCGAAACGCCUGGUGCUCUUCAGCCUGAUGUCCACCAUCAUAUUCGGGGCUCUGGGUUGGCAGCCGUCCAACAGUCUGUUUAUUGCGUUGUUUCUGCUGGUGCUGCCUCUGGAGUCACUAGCCCACGGUCUCUUCCACGAGCUGGGAAACAGCCUCGGAGGAACCUGUGUCGGCUACGCUGUGGUGAUUCCUACCAACUAUUGCAGCCCAGAUGGUCAACCCACCCUGCUGCCCCCGGCGCACGUGCAGGAGCUCAACCUGCGUUCCACAGGGAUGCUUAACAACGUGCAGCGCUUCUUCUCUCAUCACAUGAUCGAGACCUACGGUUGUGAUUACUCCACGAGCGGCUUGAGUCUGGAUCUAUCUAUCCCUGCAAGUUCUAUCUAUCUAUCUGUCUAUCUAUCUAUCUAUCUCUUCCGCUAUUUUCAUGGAGGCGCACACGGCUGACUAUCUAUCUAUCCUAUCUUUCACGACAUCUCUUCACUAUCUUUCUACGUGCUGUAUUACUGUUGGACUACAACCCACCGCAGCGGAGAGUGGGCUCUCGCAGGUGGAGAUGUUUUACGUCUAGAUGAGAUCGUGCAGCUUUGGAGAGAAAAGAACGCUGGAAUCUGUUCCCGUCUCAUCAUUAUUCUCGACACCGACAACUCUCUCCCCUGGGUGAAGGAGGUGCAGAGAAUUGAGGGACUUUAUGUAGCGGUUCAAGGAGCAGUGCUGUCUAGUCCCACAGACCUGGAGGUCCAGGACGCACCCCAGCUCGGGGACUUCACUUGUCAGUGGGUUGAUUUUAACUGCAACCCUGACAGCAUAGUUCGGUGGUCUGAGAGUGGGCGGCCCGUCCGAGCAGCCUAUGGCAUCUCCAGACACUGGAGCGACUACAAGCUUCACCUGCCCACUGAAAGCGACGUCACCAGGCACUGGAGACUCUACUUCCCACGCCUGACUUACCCUGUGGUUCAGCUCGCCCACUGGUGCGGCGGGUUGAACCUCUUUUGGGUUUGCGGAUACUGCGUUCGACUGCUCCGAAGGAUCAAACUCACGUGGUUCCCGCCUGCGGUGCUGGAUACAGGCCAAGGUUUCAAACUGGUUAAAUCGUAGAACAGGACCUAAAGGGUUGCGAUACUGUACGGUCGCAGCUGGUCAGAGCUGUAUCUGGACGUGGUUAGGUGACGGUCACCUACAGCAGAUUUUGGUUGUAUUGACCAGCACAGCGAUUUAUAAAAUCUCAGGUGUAAAAA